CAUUCCUGUGACCCUUAUGAGGAUGAGUGGCUUGGAAAAUGGAUGGAUGGAUGUCUCUUUGCCUUAAUCGAGGUUGAAAACUCCCUUUUUUCCCCUCAUGCUUUUUAGAUUUUCCUUUAAUCCUCCAUUAUUUCCUAUUCCCUGCCCCGCCUGUGCGGAGUUCGCAUGUUCUCCCCGUGCCUGCGUGGCUUUUCUCCGGGCACUCCGGUUUCCUCCCACAUCCCCAAAACAUGGAACGUUAAUUGGACACUCUAAAUUGCCCCUAGGUGUGAUUGUGAGUGCGGCUGUUUGUCUCCAUGUGCCGUGCGAUUGGUUGGCAACAAGUUCAGGGUGUACCCCGCCUCCUGUCCAUUGCCAGUUGGGAUAGGCACCAGCAUUCCUGUGACCCUUAUGAGGAUGAGUGGCUUGGAAAAUGGAUGGAUGGAUGUCUCUUUGCCUUAAUUGAGGUUGAAAACUCCCUUUUUUCCCCUCAUGCUUUUUAGAUUUUCCUUUAAUCCUCCAUUAUUUCCUAUUCCCUGCCCCGCCUGUGCGGAGUUCGCAUGUUCUCCCCGGGCCUGCGUGGGUUUUCUCCGGGCACUCGGUUUCCUCCCACAUCCCAAAACUAAUUGGACUCUAAAUUGCUCCGAGGUGUGAUUGUGAGUGCAGCUGUUUGUGUCUAUGUGCCCUGCGAUUGGCUGGCAACCAGUUCAGUGAGUACCCCGCCUCCUCCCCGCGACCCUCGUGAGGAUAAGCGAUAAAGAAAAUGGAUGGAUAGAUGGAUUCUUGAGUCUUUUUUACGAGUCUACUCGUGAUAAACACGCUAACCAAAUUUCAUGUUAAGAACGAGGCUCUACUGGCUGAAUUUUCAAUAAUUAUAAAGAAUUCAUUGAAACUGAUAAAAAUGAGCGUAAAGAAUCUGUUUCAAACCAAAAUAGCUGCGAGUUUUCAGAUCUGGCUUCUAGAGUCACUAUCUGAUAUAUGAUACAUAAGCUUAUGAAAAUUCACGUUGCUAAAACAAUUAGGUUCUGAGGGUUUCAAAACAUUUGUGACAGCCUGAGGAAUUUACCAAAGAAUGAUGUCGAAACAGCUGCGUGAAACAAAAAUGGCUCCCUCCCUUCCUGUGCGUUUUCUGCUAAGGAUUUUUGAACCUUUUUUUUUUUUUGGCGGGUGAUGCCAACCAAAUUUCAUCUUGCAGAGUUCAAUUGGGGGUUGAAUGUUAAAAGCAUUGCGACGCCAAUCACUUUUCACCUGACCGAACACACCUGCGAGAUGUGUUGACUUUUUUGAUUUAUUCAGCCUUGAGAGCAACAAGCGUGAACCGAAGCAAGCCGCCUUAAGGGGGCCUUUGCUCCCUAAAAACAUCCUUCCUUUCCGUGAGGCUACCCGGAAGAUUUAUGGCGGCGUUCCUUUCGCAUGCACGCCGUCCCUCGGUGAGCCGGCCUCCCUCUCACGUUACACCCUAUUUAUAACGGCCCCUCGCCAGGCUCCCUGACUUCCCCGGGACCUCCUCCCAGCCUCCCAGCCUCCCAGCUUCCAUGCUUCCCCCUGAUAUCCGAGCGACUCGGCUUCACUCCGCUCGGCUUAUCCCUCUGCGACCCGGCGACCGCGCGGAUUACCCCGGGAAAGGACGGCGCCCCUCCCUCCUUUGUGGAACUUUGGGGAUCCCUCGGAUAUGCGCCGCCGUUCGCUUUAGGAGCUUUUGCCAUGGAUCACACGCUUUUCGGCUGCCUGCGGAGCCCCCACGCCCCGGUUCAGGGUCUGCACCCGGCCGCCUUCGCCCCGUCGCCGCUCACCCUCCACGGACGCUCGGACCACGUCUCCUACCCUGACCUGGCGUCCUCGUCGUCCUCGUCCUCCACGUCCUCGCCGUCCACUUGCAUCAUCUCCAGCUAUCCGCCCGAAGACGGCCUGUACCACCCCCACCACCACCCGCAGCAACACCCGCAACUUCACCACCCGCACCAUCACCGCGGCCACCACCCGGCGCCGCAGGGUCAGCACCACACGGCCGCCGCCUGGCACGUCCCGCAUAUGUCAGGCGGGGGCGGGGGAGCCCGGGCCAACCUCUGCCACCCGCACCCCCACCUGUCCCACGACAGGGGGCCCGCGGCGCAGGACUUGGCACACGCCGGUGGGCCUGCGAUGGGGGCCUCCGCCCCCGGCUUGGGUGGCGCUAACACCCCCACGGGGGCUUCCUCGGAGUUCGGCAGGCCCACGCUGUCACCUGCGGAAGCCGAAAAGAGGAACGGAAAGAGAAAAAGUGACAGCUCAGAGUCCCAGGACGGCGGGCUGAAGUGCGAGCUGAGCGGCAAACCGCGCAAGGAGAGGACUGCCUUCACCAAGGAGCAAAUCCGGGAGCUGGAGGCCGAGUUCGCCCACCACAACUACCUGACCCGACUACGCCGAUACGAGAUCGCCGUCAACCUGGACCUCACCGAGAGACAAGUGAAGGUGUGGUUCCAGAACCGGCGGAUGAAGUGGAAGCGCGUGAAGGGCGGCCAGCAGGGGGCGGCGGCGCGGGAGAAAGAACUGGUCAACGUGAAAAAGGGAACGCUCCUCCCCUCCGACUUUUCCGGCAUGGCGGCGUUGCGCCACUCCACGGACUCGCUGGCCAACGAUGACAGUCACGACAGUGAACUGAGUGACGAACACGCUCCGUUAUGAUCGAGGCCACAUCGUUAAAUGCAGUACAGUGAAUCCCCGUUUAUUGGCGGGGGGGGGGGGUACCGUCCAGACCCCCUCAUUGGUACAUUGAUACACACGGAGGAGCGAACAGAAUGAAUUGUUUAAACAGCAAAAUGUUCAACCAACCCGUAUCUUUUAAAAACCCGCUUAAAUGUUCACAUUAAUAUCCAUCCAUUUUCUGAGCCGCUCAUCCUCACAAGGAUCGCGGGAGAGCUGUAGAUUAUCCCGGCUAUAUUCGAGCAGGAGGCGGGGUACACCCAGAACUGGGCCGCCAGCCAAUUGCGGGGCACAUAGAAACAAACAACCAAUCACAAUCACACAAUUUAGAUUCUCCAAUGAAUGGAUGUUUUUGGGAUGUCGGAGGGAACCCGAAGUACCCUGAGAAAACCCACGCGGGCAUGGACGGGGGAGAACAGGCAAACUGCGCACAGAAGGCAGGAUUUGAACCCACGACGUCUCAACUGUGAGGCAGAUGUGCUAACCGAUGAUUUGAACCCCGGUCCUCAGAACCGUGAGGCUAACGCUUAACCAGUCGCGCCACCGUACUGCCCUGAUGUUAAUAUUUACCGUAAUUCCCGGCCUACAGCGCGCACCUGGUUAUAAGCCCCACCGAGUACAUUUGGAAAGGAAAUACCAUUUGGUACAUACAUAGGCCGCAAGUGCCCACAUUGAAACUGACAUUGAAACACGAGAUAUUUACAAAGAAAGAUGGUACACAGAAAAAAAAACAUACUGGUAAAAAUCACUGAGACGCGGCAGAAACACGCUAGCAGAGUGCCAACAGGGCCAGUCCGGUAAAAGUCACUUCCUCGGCACAUAUAUUCCACCGGUCUCACUCUUACCUUUUCUGCUCGAGUGCCCCCCUUGCGGCCGUUAGAAAAAAAAAAUGCACAAAUUAGUAUCAGUAUGGACGUUAUGGAAAUCAAAAAUAUUCAAACAAUUGGUACGUUAACACCGAUGGACAAUAGAACAAAAGAGUACUAAACACUGCACAUUUAAAUGUCGAAAAGUCACCAUAUCAUUUCAUCUAACAGACGUCUGCUAGCUUAAUGCUAACAUAUACAAUACUCAUGAAAAUUAGCAUCAGUUUUAGGUUAAUUGUUGAUUUUCAAACAAUUGCUACUUGACGCACACAAAGAGAGCAGCAACACAUACAGUCAGUCGAGCUCAGUGCUGCCUGGCAUGUUGUGGCACAAUGCGGUACUGCACUGAAGCCACACAACUCGGAAGUCGGGCUUGCCUUGUAUAAUGCAAAAAACGUAGACCGCGAUUGCUUCGAAGUCGACGAUACGGCAGUAUAGCGGGGGUUCACUGUAUUAAAUAUUGAAAUCUGACCGUUUGGCUACACUGAUGUAAACAUUCCAUUUUUUUUUAUUUGCACUGCUGGACCCGGCCGCUGUCGUAUUUGUGACUAGUUUAGACGUCUGUGGACGUCCUUCCCGGAAAAAGCUCCUCUUUAGAUGUGCUACAGUACCCGUUGGAAACAGUAGGGGGCGGCGAUGAGAUUCCACGUGAUAACUGAUAGCUAAGAAAAAAGUGAUCACCUUGGACGUACCUUGAUGCUGCCUACAAAUUUCCCUUUUUUUGAAAAAAAAUAAUAAUAAUAAUAAAAAUGAUACAUUUAUUCCGUAUUGGUAGCAUAAAUCAGUCCCUCCCAAGAUUACAUGUUUCUCAACUUUUGUCACUCUUAGAUACCGCGAUUUUGUAAUUAGUCCCCCCCCCAUCUUGAGAAUAUAAUAACAUUAUAAUAUAUUUUUCCAAAUUUAAUCUUGUAACCUUACAAAGUUUUUCAACAAAAAAGUACAACAGUUCUUGUCGUAUAGAGCUGGUGCACCUAUGUCACCAAAGUCACGUGACUGGCCAUACUGCCAAAAUUUAGAAGGUGAUAAUAAAAGAAGCUACGUUGAAAAAUGAGAGACACUUGGCGUAGAGGACCCAUAUUUAAUGCCGGAGUCGACGUUUUAACCCGCUUCCGCUUGUCUUGGACAACUGGAUCUACACAUGGAUCCAGUGAGUAAGUCGUCAAGAUCUACACGGAAGAGUUUGAAAGCGUAGAAAAGUCUGGACGCUUACAAAUACUUCCUUGCUGGAUCUGCUCCCAAUCAAGAAUAAAUCCCACAUAGUGAUGCAGCCACUAUGAUUUUUUUUCAAUACAAUAUUUAAAUAAAUGACCUCUGGUUUUCCACAAACUCGCAUUCAUUAACUAUGAUUGGGGGAAAAAAAAUUAGGACAGUGAAUUCGUCUCCUCCGUACACGGAAGCGUAUCGCGGCCACACGUUAAACUUCUCCGUGACACUUUUUUUUUCUUUACAUAUGCAUUGUUCUCAAAUGAGUCCAAUGCGUGUUUAAAAAAAGAAAAUAAACCCGUGAGAUAGGCUUCAGCCUCCGUACAUAGAAGCGUGUU